AUGGAACCAAUUUAUGAAAAAACAUGUACUUCUCCAGUUAACAUUGCUGUAAACCAAUUACAAAGUAAAACUACAAUUCGUGCUUCGCCAACUUUUAAGAAAACAAGAUUAUGGCUUAAUGGUGUUGAACAAGAUACAACAAACAAUAAACGGUUACAAAAUUGUUUGAGAGAAACUAGAAAUUUGCGUAAAGAGCAUGAGGAGAAGUGUAAGAAGGAGGAGGGGAAGGAUGUUAAUGUUGUACCUUUAUCAGAAUAUAAUUUACAUAUAUGUUCCGAAAAUAAUUUUCCUACUGCAGCGGGAUUAGCAUCCUCGGCAUCAGGAUUUGCAUGUUUGGUUGCAAGACAAGGAUCUGGGUCAGCUUGUCGUUCAUUAUUUGGAGGAUUUGUUGCUUGGGAGAUGGGUAGUAGGGAUGACGGGAGUGAUAGUUGUGCUAAACAAGUAGCCAGCGAGAUGGAUUGGCCAGAGUUAGAAAUUUUGGUUUGUGUGGUUAGUGAUGCGAAAAAAGGCACCAGUAGUACAGAAGGAAUGCAAACCACCGUCAACACCUCGACACUUUUGCAACAUCGAAUCAACCAGGUGGUACCUGAACGCAUGAACUCGAUGAUCAAAGCAAUCUCAAAUAAGGAUUUCAACAAAUUUGCAGAACUUACCAUGAAAGAUUCUAAUCAGUUCCAUGCAGUAUGUUUGGACACAUUCCCGCCAAUAUUUUAUCUUAAUGAUAUAUCACGUGCCAUCAUACAAUUAAUCACUGAAUAUAAUAAUAGUAGUGGAAGCGGUGAUGGAGACGUUAAUUACAAAGCAGCUUAUACAUUUGACGCAGGACCAAACGCGGUUAUAUACACGCUUAAAAAACAUGUUCCAGAAUUAAUUAAUCUCAUUUCAAAAUAUUUCCCUAGCAUUAGUGUUAGUAGUGGUGAUGAUAGUAGUAAUGAAGAUAAGGAAGAUUUUUUUAAUGAUCCAUUUAAUUUAUUUCCAGAUAGAUCAACAAUUGGCAAGCAAUCAUUGCCGUUAAAUUUCAACGAAAAGGUUAUUCCUAUAUUUCCAAAAGGAGUUGCAGGAGUUGCAGAUUUGGGAAGAUAG